AUGCAGCCUUUGCUGACAGAAACGACAGGGUCAAAGACGAUACAGAGAGGAGAGGGGAGGGAGAAGAAUUCGGAAAGGACGAAAACGCAUAGUUUUGGUGAGAUGGCAGGUGGUACGGCAGCGGGGUGUGCGGCGGUUUGUUGCUGCUGUCCAUGCACGGUGAUCAACCUUCUUGUUUUAGCCGUUUAUAAGGUGCCGGUUUGUUUAUGUAAGAAAGCCAAGAUACGACAGCGUUUGAUGAGAAAAAAGAAGCAGAAAGAAAGGUCUCUGUUGUCUCCAACAGGUCGGGGUGGGUCCAGGGAGGAGGAAUUAGAGGAGGAGAGAGAAACAGUGGAGAAAGGGGAAUGUUGUGAUCAUCAUAAUCAUGAUGGAGAAACCGCAGCCGCUGAUUUGGAUAAGGAGAUGUUGGACCAGUUUUAUGGGACUGGAUUUUGGAGGAGCCCGUCUCAAAGAGGUGCAUGA